UGAAUGAGGUGGCGAUUUUGAAAGCGGGACGUAAUACACUCCUGGCUGUCUUGUUGAUUUUUUUUCUUCUAUCGUGUGUAUAACAUAAAUACAGUUUUUGGUAAGGUUGUCCACUACAAGCAGCGGGAUGCAUGAGGAGGAGAACACUGAGAGGAAGCUACAGAUUGCCAUGCUAUGUCAGAAGCUGGAGAAAAUCAAGAGAUACUACCACGAUGAUGACACGGACAACAUUAAUCGGAUCAUCAGUUCCAAUUCACCAGACACAUGCCGUACCUUUUUGACCAAUCUAGAGAAAAAGGGCAAUCCUCAUUCGGAUCCUUCUCUCUUCUCCAAAUUAAUUGAUUGCUACACUCGAGUUUUUUCAAGCAUGCCUCUAGGAAAACACAGCCAGAAUUUAAGUUAUGCAAGAAUGCUGGUCAGAUUUGCAGAGCUUAAAGCCAUACAGGAUGUCAAUGAUGCACGAGACAGUUUCGACAUAGCAAGGUCACACUGCAAAGAUUUUGCCUUUGUUCAUAUAGCGUAUGCUCAGUUUGAGCUCUUGCAAGGCGAUGGAAAGAAAAGUGCCUCGAUUCUUCAGCAGGCUAUUGAAGUGGGUGCCAGGCCGUGGGAAACUCUGGAAACUGCAGUGCAGAAUCUUAAACUGGGUAAAGGGCAACUUCUUUCACAAGAGGAUAAAGAGAAUCUUGCAGUGACUGAUGAUCUACAAGAACCCAUGAAGAGUAACUUACAGUCCAGAUGUGACUCCAGGAAGUCUGAUGGACUAGAUGAUUUUCAGCUCUCCAGUGGUUUUUCUCUGGGAUCUGAUCAGAAGAGCAGCCCACCGGAUGAGCACUUUCCAAUCUGGACGUCCGGCUCACAACGCAAAAGAACAAUUGCCAUUCCUGGGAGAACGCCUAUGGUACCUCUGUCUAUUCCGGAAAAUGAAAACAUGGAUCGUGUUUUUAAACCUGAGGCUCCCAGCUACAGCAGUAGUUCAUCUCGGCCAACAUGCCGUCCAGGUGUCUUCGCACUUUCCUCUUCAAAGAAGAAUUCUGGAGAUGCAGAUGGUUAUAACUACAAUCUGUUAAAUUUGAAGCCACUUGGUAUUAGUCCAGAGCAACAGACUGGGGAGGACAUGGUUGUGGACUCCACCACAGCACUCCUUCACAGACCAGAAAGGAAAGACACCACUGACUUUAUUAGCCAGAUGAUGCUUUUAAACUCUCCUGAGGCCUGCUACACAUAUCUCACAGACCUUGAGAGGACCAGUGACCCUCGCACAGAUACUGCUUUUCUCUCUAGGCUGUUGGGCUGUUAUACUAAUGUGUUUACAAGAUUUCCCUUGGCACAGUACAGCAAACUUGAAUGCUAUGCACGGAUCCUUGUCAGAUACGCUGAGUUAAAAGGAAUUGAAGAUCCUGAUGAAGCAAAAGAUAAUUUUAUCAUUGCCAGAGCCAACAGUAAAGCCUUUGCCUUUGUUCAUAUCGCCCAUGCUCAGUUUGAGCUCUCACAAGGCAAUAGUAAGAAAAGUGCUACCAUUCUGCAGAAGGCCCUGACAUCAAAUGCAAAACCAGUUGAACUUCUUCAGAUUGCAAUGAAGAAUUUACAGUCUGGAAAAACCCAACUUCUGCCUGCUGAAAAUAAAGAGAAUGUUGCAGAUGAAGCUGGUGCUUUCACUGAUGUAGAAAGUAAGGAGGAGGAGAAUCUUGUGAGGAUGUCGACAAAUAAAGCACAGCCUAAACAGUAUACGAUGGAGAGUUUGUCUGAAUGGAGGAUUCCUGCAAGUGUCAAUAGACAAACCUCUCCAGAGGACCGCAAGUUUGCUGUAGAUCCUGUUCCCACUCCUCGCCCUCUUCAGUCACUUAGAACUCCCUCUGCUUCAUCAGUCUCCGUUCCAUCCAGGACAAACCAAAUCCUUAGCUGCCAGACACCCAACUACAAAGACCCUUAUGCAUACAGUGUUAUUACACCUGUAGUGAAACAGAGACCACCUGUUGUGUCUGUUCCAUCUCAGAGGGUUGGCCAUGCUCUAUUACCCUGCACCCCACAAAGUCAGGUAUCCUUUGUCCAGCAGACAUUACAGAGUUCGGUCAGUAGCAUCUCUAAUGAUUCCAUCACCAUCAAAGGCAGACAGUUCUUCAUUUUAAAGAUGAUUGGCAGAGGUGGUUCCAGUAAGGUCUACCAGGUUCUGGAUCAGAAAAAACAGCUUUAUGCUGUGAAAUAUGUGAACCUAGAGGAAGCGGAUACCCAGACAGUUGAAAGUUACAAGAAUGAGAUUGAGCACCUGAACCACCUCCAGCAGUACAGUGACCAGAUUAUCAAGCUUUAUGACUAUGAGAUUACAGACAGCUACAUCUAUAUGUUAAUGGAGUGUGGUAACCUGGACCUCAACACAUGGCUUCGCAACCGCAAGACAGUCAACCCAUUGGAAAGAAAGUUCUACUGGAGGAACAUGUUGGAGGCAGUGCAGACUAUCCACAAGCAUGGAAUUGUCCACAGUGAUCUAAAGCCAGCUAAUUUUGUCAUCGUCAAUGCCUCACUAAAGUUAAUUGACUUUGGCAUUGCAAACCACAUUCAGCCAGACAUGACGAGUGUAAUGAAGGACUCGCAGGUGGGGACACUGAAUUACAUGCCACCAGAGGCUAUUAAAGACACAUCAACUCAAGGUGGAAAACCAAGGUCAAAGAUUAGUCCAAAGGGAGAUGUCUGGUCACUCGGAUGUAUAUUGUAUUGUAUGACCUAUGGGAAAACCCCCUUUCAAAACAUCACCAACCAGAUCACCAAGCUUCAUGCUAUUAUAGAUCCAUCCCACGACAUUAACUUUCCUGACAUUCCCGAAAAGGAUCUUCUAGAUGUACUGAAGCAAUGCCUGGUGCGAAAUCCCAAAGAGAGAAUCUCAAUUGCAGAACUGCUUGAUCAUCCUUACUUGCAGCUGCAGCCUCAGCAACCUCCUGAGCCAGUGGAACCAUGCAACAAUGACCUAAAAAGAAUUCUAAACGAGUUGGCUGCUUUACAGUCUCCAAACAGCAUUGCAAGAGCUGCCAGUAAUCUAGCAAAAAUGUGCAACAGUGGGAAGAAGCUGGAUGUUUCCGAGUGUGUCAGGAGCUCCAGUCAGCCCUCGUGGAAGGGAACAUGCUGAUGUAUUAAUUCAUAAUGUUAAGUUCAUAAUGAUAAUUUGACAACACACCAUGAUUACUUUUUUGAAAUAGUCUAUCCUUUAAAGAGUUUGAGUUAUAUUAAAGUCAAACUCCCUUUUUAAAUUGCCACUGUUCCACUGAUUUCUGUUAUGUUUAAAGUACUUACAAAUAAACUUACAUUUAUAGUUUAGUACACUUUAAGGUAUAUUUCUGUGCUACUAUACAUUAGUAUUUAAUAUGUUCGAAGAAAGUUAAAAAGAUGAUGUUUGUAAAUAUAAUUUUAAAUUCCUUAAUCUAAGGAAUGAGGUGAAAUGAGAUGACAACACUGGAUAGCCACUGAAGUAUGUCAGGAUUUAAAAAGAUUUUAGAUUUACUUUUUUCUUUUUUUUUUCUUUUUUUUGUAUAGAUUCUUUCAUAACCCAAAAGUUGUGCCUACUCCAAUUUUCUCAAUAGUACAUUGACUUCUUUAAAGUCAUUUAAAAGUUUAACAGAAGAUGCAAUCAAAUUGUCAGGAAACAAAUAAAAACAUGGCUUUGUUUCACCUCUA